CAAAACUGGUUAAAGAGAAAUUGAUAUGAGCUCAGGGACAAGUACGUGUUCAGUCUGUUAAGAACAUUAAAAACAUUGCAGGAUAACUUUUAAGAAUGGUCAGCGACAUUUGACCGGAGGGGUGACGCUGUGAAGCGGAAGAGCCCAUACGUCAAAUAGUUCGAUGCUCGAUUCGCGCGCUGAGUUACCAUUCGGCAAUGUCGAGGUCAAGUGUUCGCCACACCACUGGCCGAAGGUCUUUGUAUCCCUCCUCUGAAUUUGUAGUUCGUCAUAAUAACUUUGGACAAUCAAACUUGUGCUACGAUGAAACUCUUGGUGUAGUGGACACCACAAGAGCAUGGAAAAAUUACGUUUUUAAAUCGGGAAAACAGCCUUUAUGGCGAUGCAACGUUGUCGUCGACAACCGUGGAUUAUAUUCCUGUGCAGUGUGAUUUUAGGAGGCACAACUGUUUAUAGUGACAUUGUUAUCAAGAAACCUCAAGAUGUGAUUGCGUUUCCAGAGGAGCCCCUGACAUGGGAUUGUCGGGUGGAUACGCCAGGCUACUAUGGGCCGUACGAGAGAGUAUGGACCUUUGGCCAUCAUGUGAUAAACACUACUCAUAAUGCACACUCGUAUGUGCUAGCAAACGGGUCAUUGUACAUAGAUAGCGUGGGGGCCCAGAAGGACCCUGGGUCUUACAGGUGCUGUGUUAAAAAUGAGACGGGGACUCUGUGCAGUCAGGAAGCACUUCUCCAAAUUGCUGAACUACCUCAAUUUGUAACUCAACUCGAGUCUAUAAUAGCUUAUCAGGGAGGGGUCGCCAGGUUUCAAUGCGAUGUCUAUGGUGUCCCUAAAGUAAACAUAACAUGGAAACAUAUCGCCGUCAGGAGUGGCAGUGAGAGAACGAAUAUCAGAUUAGAUGCUGUCAGGCACGUAGUCCUGCCGAACGGUGUACUUCAGAUUCACAAUAUAACACAAGAAGAUGAUGGCAGGUACAAGUGCAUCGCAUCCAACUCCUUGCAGACUGUGCGCAACAACUCCGCAUUAUUAUCAGUGCUACCUCAAGUGUUGUCUCCGAAAGCUGCAUCUGAUCUAAAAAUCGUGCAACGCCCCGUCUCACUACGACUGCUACCAGGGGAAGAUGCCCUGUUAGAAUGUCUGGUGGAAGGAGCACCUCUAAGAGUUACCUGGAGGAGAAAAGAUGGGCGUCCCAUUCGCAGAGAAGGAGUCAGUUAUCCCGGUGGGAGCAAUCUUUUGAUAAGAAAAGUUCGCUACUCACUGGACAAUGCAACCUAUCGCUGCCAUGCUACAAACCCACAAACAGGCCAAUCCAUCUCGGCUGAAGCAUGGCUGGAUGUCAUGUCCCCACCUGUAAUCACAGUGGUGCCUCCGGUCAUUCACAACAAGGUCAUCGGAAGCAAGAUCCGAUUCUGGUGCCAGGCGACGGGUAAGCCACUCCCGCAGAUCACCUGGCUUCACAACGGCGUGCCGGCGCUCAUCGAUGACUUCCAUAGCCACAUGAACAACAAUGACUAUGUGAUCUCCCAGCUGUGGUGGGAGGAUGAUGGCAUCUACCAGUGUGAAGCCAAGAAUGAUGCUGGUAGUGCUGUAGCGAGUGGAGCGGUUACCAUCGAUGCAUAUCCGGAGGGCACGUACCCAGGGCCUAUCCGUAACCUCUCCAUCAAUCUGAUCUCUAGUCGGAGGAUAAGGGUGACAUGGGAGCCUCCUGCCGAUCUACCUGCUCCAGUCAUAGCUUACCACCUGGAGUGCAGACCAUUAGCAGGGGAUUUGGAUGCAGACGAGCAAGUGGUGUCCAGCCCGUCCUGUGACCUGAACGCGCUGGAGCCGUACACCGAAUACAGGAUCACCGUGCAGUGCUUCACCACAAAGGCACCGUGUCCACGCUUUCAAGAAUAUGUGAUGACUGCACAGGAUGUUCCUACAGGUAGUCCAGAGUUUUCCUUAGGGAGCGAAAGCCCGACCACCAUCACUGUCACCUGGGAUGAGCUUCACCCUCAUCGCGCUAACGGCAUCAUCAUUAACUAUGGCAUCACUUAUUGCCGUGCCAACAGCGUAUAUUGCAACGUGACAACGGUAGACGGGGACCUUGAGGAGUACACCAUUCGUGGUCUGACACCCAAUUCCAACUACAGUGUGAGCAUGGCUGCGUCAACCGCGGUUGGGCAGGGGAGCUACUCGGGCAAUGUUACCGUUGAAACACCAAGGAACAUCAAUGAGACAACCCCAAAGCCACCAUUACAUUUGCAAGUGUUACCGGUGAACCACACCACAUUAAGAGUAAGCUUCCAGCCAGCACCUACCCCACCCAUCACGGAGGGCUACAAACUAUUGGUAUCCAGGAACAUGGCUAACAAUUGGAUCACCUAUCUCUUACCUGUGGACACCAUGGAGUACUAUGUUACAGGCCUAGAUCAAAACACACUGUACAACGUGCAUGUUCUUGGGUUCAACAGUUUCGGUGAUGGUCGGCCGUCUGCACAAACAAUCAAGACAUUAGUAAAACAACCAGAUAUAGGCGACCCGAUGGACACAUUACCUCCUCCGUUCGUCUUCAACGGCACUGGGAAAUCAGGCAGCACCAUCCUCAUUCAGUGGGAGGAACCAAUGACAGACAAGAAGAUCACUGCUUUUACCAUUGAGUAUGAGGUGUUUAGAGCGAAUGAAUCCUUCAUUGUGCAAGUGGAUGGGUCUAAACAUGAGGUAAUGCUGACGAACCUGGAGCCUUUUACGAGGUAUACCUACCGUAUCCAAUCUGUUGGCACAGCACCAUACCCAGGUCCAUUCAGUCCUAAGGCACUCGCCGAGACACUCGAAGACAAACCAUCAGACCCUCCAUCUGCAGUGCAGGCAAGCCCAGUGAACUCUAACACGGUGGAGGUCAGUUGGAAACCUCCAGCUAGACCUAACGGGAUCAUCACUCGCUAUACAGUCAUGUAUCAGAAGGACUCGUCUCUGCCCGAAGAGAGCUGGGAGUAUGAACAGAAAGAUGGUUCUAUGCAUCAGUCUACCAUUGAGAGUCUGACUAGUGAUACCAAGUAUUACUUCAAGGUGAGAGCGGGUACCCAGGCUGGUGAUGGACCACCUACAGAUGCUGUAGCUGCUCAAACUCUUCCGGUCAACAUCAAUAAACCUCCUCCAUCAGGCACCCUAAAGCAAGGCAUUCUGAUAGGAGUCUGUUUAUCUAUGGUGUGUAUUUGUAUCUGCACUGCUCUCAUCACAUACAGAUUCAGGCAUGUGUGCUGGAGGAGAAGAGCUCGCCCUGAUCAGUGUAGCUGUAGAACAGCAGCAAACGGCGGUCCCUGCGUCCACUACCAUUCUAAUGGUAACUCACAGCGUGUCUACAUGUCUGUACCCAACGCCGAUGAGAUGGGCGAUACCAGUCUACCUGUUCUCACACAGUAUGAGAACACUAAGGAGGGCACACCACCUCAUCCUCAGAAUGGGUAUGGUCCAAAUUGGAACCACACCCAUUGCAAUGGCCACGCCCCUAUCAUGAAUGGGCAUGGUCCUCCCGGAGGCAAUGGGUAUGGGCCUCUCAUGGGCAAUGGACAACAUGGACCACCUAGGGCAAACGGCCACGGACCGCCCUUGGGAAACGGACACGGUCCUCCCUUGGGGAACGGCCACGGGCCACCGAGGGCAAAUGGUCAUGGGCCGCCCAGAAUGAAUGGCCAGCCAGGAGGACUGGUGGGCUGGCAGAAGAGAGAGGGCUACUGGCCCCACCUGCCCCCGGAGAGAUUACAGGGGUGUGUAGAAGAAGCAGCGUCCCAUAGUGGGAGCUCAGCGCAUGGAUCGGGUCUCCUCCAUCACUCUCAGGAAUAUAAUAGUCAGGAGAUGCCACAAUUGGGUACUGAGCAUCAAGAAAUUGUAAUCCCGUCAAAUUCAUCUACCUCGCAGCUUGAACUCUCGGGAACAAAGUCUGUAACCUCUUUACAAUCAACUGCUUCAUGGCAAGCUAACAGUGAGAAGAACAGCAGUCAAGAUAGUAUCACUCAUCUACCUCCCACCGUCUCUAAAGUGUCUGCCAGUAUUAUACCCCCUACCCAGGGACAUUGUCAUAUCUCAGGAGUUCAUAGCCCUGGGACGGGGGUACCUCCUGACGGUGGUGGGAUAGCCACGCCCUGUCAGACACCUACCAGCCACAGAUUACCUCCAGCACGUCGCGUGGAUCCUCAACGGGUAUUAGCACAGGGUCACCACGUAGCGCCUGUCAGCUGUGGCAGGGGAUCUCCUCCCAGCGGGGCUCAGGACCCGCACGGUGUCGAUCCUUGGGAGAGAUGGACCCCGCCCCCGUCAGAGGCGUCGUCGUCGUCGUCAUGUCCAGAGGAGGCUGAAAAACACGCCAGCGAAGCGAGACCAAUCGAACCAAACAGGACAAUCACAACCUGUACGGUUUGAGUGAUCUUGGGUCAUGUAAUCCUCCAAACUAUUUACCUCCACGUGUGAUGAAGCCCGGCUCGAGUCAUCUCUACUGUCUAUGCCCGAUUCCUAAAGGAAACCAACUCAGCAUUGUUUGUGAUCAUCUAUCUCUCACCUCCUCCUCAUCUUUGAAACGUCUUCUUCUUCUCCGUGCUGUCGCUCGCACUGCGAUCAUUCCUCGUUCCCCACCAGCAGACAGAGGGAGCUCACAUGAAGACGGGUAUAAAACAUUUCAGGAGUCCCUGUGUCUGUGCUUCAACCUCUAGGGGCGGGCUUCAUCACCCAUCGCUCAGUUCCAAUGUACUCUUGAAUCAAUGCUCUAGAAGCUCACUGUCUCAAUGAUCCCUCAAUGAUCAGGGCUCUAUCUACUGUGAGCAAACUGGACAAUCUCUACAGCUUUCUCUCCAUCUGUCCAACUGAGUCUAUUAAACAAAGAGACAACGGUCGGUCGGUCGGUGUGGAGUGAGUUUAUAUUCUUCAAGACGCCCUCCAACGUAGAAGAUUAAGAGACUUUUUUUGUUAUGUUUGCCUAUCUCAGGGAUAUUACCUUAUGUGUCUAAGAACCUCUCUUGAAAUGAAGAGAGAUGAAAUGAUGCUUGAGCCUUUUAGUCCCCUCAUUUUUAGAGGUGGAGGGGUGGAGGCUGGUCUGUAAUAUAUUGAUGAAAAUGGACAAAAGAGGACUAUAUAUGACAAAGUAAUGGUGAUAAUGUAUUUUCUCUAUUAAAAUGGGAUAAAAUUCUUUUGCUCCAAGCUAUUCUUUCUUGGAUUGCUCCAGCAUUCGCUCUUGAUUUUUUUUUUAUUAUUACUUUUUAUUCUCCUUUAUUGAGCAAUGCUGUGUUCAACCAAGAUUGAGUUGUAGCGUGAUAUGAACAAACGUUACAUGUCAUCUGCAAAAGCUAGGCGUGGUGUAACGAGCCAUGCGUGGAUGACUGCUUAUAUAAUAUAUACAUAUAUAUAUACAUAUAUUGUGAUACCAAAGCUUGCAUGUUUGGUGUGACUGUUCAUUCAUUAGAGAAGAGUAGUGCAAGAAAUGGAUUGAUGCUGCAUUAAUGCUGCAGAAAGAAAGAUUAAAAGGGGGUUAAUCUAAGGUAGGAAGGGGUAGAAAUACCAGGAAUGCUGCUAUGUAUUGUCUCUGUGCUCUCUUUGUUUGCGUUUAAUAGAUUUAUACUGUUUAGAACCGUAUCCAUACGUCACAUGCUGAUAAAGCUACAGCUAUUUGUAGUUUGAUACUAAAUUACAAGUUUUAUUUUGUGUUAAGAAAUUUAAAUGAUCUUGCUUCACUUGGCUACUAUUAAGAUUAGGAUGUUCACACCCUGGGUGCUGUGAUCUAGCAGCAUUUGUGGUCCUCUUCUCAUAACAAUUUCAUAUGGGCAAACUUGCGUUUAUUUAAUACCCAAGCACACAUUUGGCAGCAUGGCAUAGAAAUAGCCACAUGCGUUAACAAGAAAUUGUUGUUGGGGGAAAAAAGGGUGAGUUGGAGAUGUGAAAUCAAACUAAUUUAUUUUAAAUGACUUCAUAACCUUAUCACUAUAUAACAGUGACCUUCUAUAAUAAUCAUUAGGUAUUUCAUAAAGGUCAAUUUGGUAUUCAGUUUUGUUCCACCUGUAGAAUUAAAAAGAUUCAAGAUAACGGCAAGAUACAAAAUGACCUUUGAAUAUCAAGAUAAUUGCUUUGUCUUUUGGUUAGAUUUUAAGCUGUUAUGAUUUAUACGCAAACGCACCAUUAAAUGGAUCGUUACUGUGUCUUUAUGCUUCAGGGGAUAGAUUCAUCUGCCAAUUUCUAGGGUAUUCUUUAUAUCCAAUUAUAAUGAAGACAUACAAACUGUAUUCUUAUCCUUGAAGAUAUCAAAAAAAAAUUAACUGAGUGCCAAACCGUAGAUGAUUUCUGGCUUAGAUGUGCUAGCCAGUUCAUACAACCUCAUGUAUUAAAAUGACCAGAGGACUACAAAUUCAGAGGAUAUCAAAUGCAACUCUUGAAAACCAUCCAGCUGCUCUUAUAAAAGUCCUCAAACGCAAUGACAAGCCAUGUCAGCUCAGGACAUAGAUAGCACAUUUCACUGAUUCUAUACACUAUGCAUUUAUUCAUAUAAAAGUUGUAUUUAUUAUCUCUCGACGUUGAAGAGGAGAGAAACGUUGUCCAGAUUUGUAUGUUAGCCUCAUGUCAGGUCAAAAUAACUACUUUCUGCUAUUGAUUGGUGCAAUAUGCAGAGUUACUAUAUUCGGGAAAUACUUAUCUGGUAUUUAAUAAACCCUCACACCUCAUUUUACCUGUCGACCUCAGUCGCUACUACCAAACUCAUAUAUAUAUAUAUAUAUAUCUCAUUCAGGAUUAAGUGUAUUCAUGUCAAAGGGUAAGAGCUGGACAGUAGAUCAUGUUAUACAGCUGCCAGGCCAGGGAUGAAGAUCCCACGAUUGGAGAAAUGCUGGUGAUUCAACAAAAUAACAUUUAACAUAAUUUGCAGGGACAUUACCAUUUGUAUUUCAUGUGGUAUGAACUCCAGUCUAUGGAAUUGGAUUUCAAGUCAGGAUAGUUUGAAAACAUCUACAUUUAUUAACUGAUAUCUUUUGAUAUCAAUUGUCCAUUUUGAUAAAAUCAACAUUUAAAAAAAUAUAUAUUAUAUAUAUAUAUAUACAUAAAAGCAUGCUAUUUUAUGAUAUUAUUAUGAUAUAAUAAUUAAACAAAAUCAAAUUUGUAAAGUAAUGCCUGUCAUCUUUCUUGCUAGCUUUUGUAAUUGAUGAGGUAAUUAUUUUCCUACAUAAGUGAAGACAUUUGCGGUCUUAAACAAGACUCAGCUAUCCCUUAUCUUAUAAUUUCCAUAUACUCAAAGUAAAGAUAUUUUAAGAAAAAUCUCUAGUGAAAUUCUUUUUUAUUGAAAGACAAUCUUUCCAUGAUUUUAUUUAAUAAUGGCCUAGCCCCCACUACUUGUGUUAAAAUGAAUUGUUCAAAGAGAAGAACAAGUAAAUAGAGAUAAAACAUUAAUAAAUGUUCUAUUUUAUUAUAGAUUCAGGAAGGAUCAUUAUACUGUGAUUUUUUUUUUUUUAUUCUGGGACUUUGCCCCUAAAUUUUGAGUUAUUGAAUGAUAUAACAAAUUUAGUGGUAUAUUUUGUUUUAUUGCCAAAUGGUGAGGUAUGAUUUCCUGUGAAAUGUUCUUUAAAUACUAAUUAAGGUCUUUUAACCAUAUUUUGAUAGAAAAUGAAAUCUGAAAGGGGAAGACCUAAUUAGUCAUAUGCAGCUUUAUAUGUCUUGUGUCUUGUUGGUUUGUUUAACCAAGGAUGAGAGAAAAUUAUAUUUUGAUGUAAAUUAUGCCGGUUGUAGCUGCACUUGAUUAAAUGCUGCCAAUUACUAUAUAAUAAAAGUAAAAUAUAAUAAUUUUUUCCUGAGAGUUGAAAUGCUGCAUUGGAUGUCUCCAUAGACAUAAACUCCAUACACGGUAUGAAGUGAAUGGUAUAAAAACAAGAAACUGACUGAAAUAACAGAGAUUAUCAAAGACUGUUGUGGAUGGGUUUGUGCCUAUGGAAGGGUUAAAGUUAUGAUGAAAACAGGAAAAGAUUUUGUAAGUUGUACUUAAUACUAUCGCUUUUUUGAAAAUUUAAACAAGGACCUAACAUUCACUAAAAGUUUCAAGUUAUGGAGCAGUGUUUCAAAAUGAUUGCCAUGAAAUUGUUCAGCUAAGGUGCAUAACAUUCUUUUACCUCUUGUAUGAAGUAGACCACUGAGCACCGAUGUAUGGCUCUAUAUGCCGAUCUGUAUUUUGUGUGGCUAAUACCCGGAACUCAUAAAAGGUUCUUAACUGGGUAUUUCAUUUUGGUGAUGUAAUGUUCUCUGUAGCAAGUUGUACUAUCAUGAUGUUGAUUGGUUGAAGUGCUGUUAAUGUUAGGUUCAUUUUCCCUGAGAGGAUGAAUUAACUUGGACAUUAUUUAAAAGAGAGUAUCAUGUUUAACUCAAUAUUUCCUCUAUGCUGCUAUGUAUACAAAGCUGCACAAACAUAAAUUUGCAAAAAAAUAAAACUAGAAAGCUGCUUAGAUAUAGAUAUAUGAAUUGAUUUAUUUUGAAAUGUAUUAAAUGUUAAGUCGGGCAUUGAAAUGUACUUUCAAAACCGGAAUGUGAAUGUAAUACUUGGUCAUUUUUGAAGAUCCAUUUUUGAAUACAUCUGUAAAUUACCAUAAAAUUUGUUGUGUCAGUAUGAAAUUGGAAGUAGUAAAACGGAAAAUUACAUGUGGUAUUUUUCCUUAUGUUGAUAUUGCGAAUCAAAAGGAUAUGUCUUGACAUGUCAUGAUCACAAAUGCACAUGCAUCAUCCUCAUCGAGCCCAAAAAGAGUUUAGGUGUCUAGGAUAUAUAAUCAAAAUCAUUGGCAGAAGUGAAACCCUAUUUGGAUUGGUUACAUGAUACAUAGAAUCAGGUUUGAAAAGUACAGCAUUUGUGUACAUGAUUUACAAGGCAUUUUCUUUGAUGAUGUAUUUGCAAUAUUUGUGUAGUAUAUUUGAAGUGUUAUUGAAGGACCUUGUCUAUCAUACAGGAGUUAUCAGGUCAUUCGUAUUUGUACAGAUGAUAUCGGGGAAUGGAGUAUGUUUAUAAACCUGGUUUCCGUAGUGUGGGUAAGAAACACAUUUACACAUGUAUUUAAGUCUAUGUAGUCAUGUCAGAAUUAAUUAAAAAUGUAAGUUUUACCGGUUCUACCUCAAGUGUACAAACUUCAUAGGAAGUCGUGUUUUAAAAAGGAGAGUAACGAUAAAUGUAAAUACAUAAAGAAAAAGAGAGAGAGGGAGAAGAAGAAAAAAAUGAUGUGUUCACGGAUGGUAGCAUUUGCAAACUUAAACCUACUGUUCUCAGGGACUUAUGAAACAGUGUUAAAAAGAGAAUUUAAUACAAAUAUUUUUACAUCAUGGUUUUGUUAUGUAAACUUUUCCUCUUUCGCCCAAUUACUUUAAUUUGUUAUUCAUGUUGUGCUGUUAAGUUUUUCUUUAUAUUUCUCUACAGUUGUUUUAUUUAUUCUGAUACAUGCAUAUGUGGUUCACAUGUAAAACUUUACUCAUUUCUUCUUUUGUCAAUGUAGCUGCCAUCGUGAUCAAAUUUGCCCAUUUUGGGGCUUUCAAUAAUAUAACCUUUCCAUAUCACCACCAUCAUUUCUAGUCCAUUCAUCCAGUAUUAAGCCAUCUAAUUAUAUACUCAUCUUACUCCUGCUCUAGCUUUAAGUCAUUUUUCACUUUUCAUUUUUAUCUUAAGUGUUAUAUGUUUUUGCAAGAAUUCAAACCUACAGAGCUAGUCAUUUUUUUCUUUCUUAAAUUCCCUUGUGUUGUCAGGUACGCCAUAUCUAAAUUUAAACUAACCAAGCCUGUGUCUAUUAGGAAAGUCACACUAUGACUCCCUUUGUGCCAAAAAUUGAUUUGUUUACUUCCUUUCCAAGUAUUUGUUUUAAUUUCUACCACAUUUUGGCCUUUGUAUGAAAUUGUGGUUUAGAAAUGUGUUGCGUAAUUGCCUAUAAUCAAUCCUUAUCAAGUAAAGUUAGAAAUUGGUAAAAGUGUUUUCCUCUUUCUGUGACUUAUUUUGGUUUUAUAUCAUGUUGACCAAAGUUUCCAUAGAUGAAAAAUCUACUCAUUUUCAAAUGACAAGAUUUUAUUAUAUUAUUUACUUAAUUUUCUUAAACGCAGCUGUAAUGAUAAUAUCAUGAUUUAGACUUUAAUCAUGAUUUGCAGUUGAAAAUGAUAACGUCAAUUUAUAAUCAGCUGAACUUCAAUCCAAUUUUUCAGAUUGUUAACUUAUUUUCAUGUAUAUUGUGUCCCCUUUUUAUGUAUUCAAACAGUUUUCCCCUUUUAGUUGAUGCAUAUGUACUGUCCUUUUGUCUGUUUUAAAACAUGUAACUCCAAAAUAAUCAGAAAUUCCCAGUUUGAUCAUCGUAAGCAUGUAUUACGUUGUUAUAUGGCAGCAUUAUGUCCCGUUAGUCAGAUUAAUUUUGCCAGUGUGGAACUUGUUUUAAUUCUACCUCUAACUAAAAGUGAUUCAUAUUUUCCAUGAAAUAUAUCCUUAACCCACCUGACCGUAGCUCACAUACUUUUUAGAGAGAGUUAUAGAUUUGAAGAAAAAGUGAAAAUGGGUUGUUGGUUCUUUGAAGAAUGCUCUUGAUUUAAAAACGAUACAAAAAAAGUUUUGAGAAUAAUUUGUUUUCAUUCUAUACUCCUGUGGCAUGAGAUAUAUUUGACAGCUAUACUUUUAAAAAAAUCAUAAAAAUCAUAAACUUUUUCAGGGGUGUAACCUUUAUUUUAAUUAUUAUUAUUCCUAUUUUACUUCCAUCUGACUUUUAUAUUAAUCAGAAAAUAUUGUUUUCAAUUUGUGAAAUUAAUUAUUUAAAAAGAUCUUAUCGAGAGAAGAAAAAAAAAUCCCUUUACCACUAAUUAGUUAUCCAUUACAAAUAGUAAAUAUUGUAGGCUGGAACUUCGGGAGUAUUUUUAAGUGGUCAAGCAUUGAUGUUUUAUUGUUUUGAUUCACAUUUUGAUUGUUUUUAUCAUUUUAUGUCCAGAUGAUUCAGGCAAGUGCUUGUAUUGGCAUUAAAAACCAGAUUUCAAUACCUCUGGAGUUCUCUAUAUACCUCGACAUGUUUUGGACUACGUCUAAAUACAUGUAUAUGUAUUAUGUAAUAAUGUAUGUAUAUAUAUAUUUCUCUAUUCAUGUUCCCAAUGGUAUUUAAUUGGGAAACACAAAAAUGAAAACGGGUCUUCUUUUUUUUCUCGUAGAUGUGUAUGUAAAAUAUAAUAGAACAUUAAGGUAAAUGUAAGAUGUGAUAUGCAUGUCAAUGUCUAUGUGUUCUUAUAUCUUUUUUGUUUUCUUCUUCACAUGUAUUGUUUCUUAAAUGUGGUGAUUUAUCGUUUGAAUAUAGUUCUUGUACAAGUGUCAUGAUCUCAUAGGAAUUGACCAGCAAAUACACAAUAAAAAAGGAUGUUUAGAUAUUCAGUAUCUUAGCAUACAGGUGGGCCAAACUUGGUUAAUGGUCUAUACGUAUUAACAGCAAACUUACGAUUGUUGGAAAAACAUUUGUAAAAGAUUUGCAAUUGAUCCAUUAUGCAAAUAAUUCAUAUUGUUAUUUUGGGGGCUAUUAUUUUGUCUCCCCUAUGUGGACCUGAAACAAAACAAAAAAAUUGAAAUUGAAGGUUUCCACACAAACAUACUAUCAUAACUAAUUUUGUGAUCCAGAGUUUUUAUUUCUCUAUUUUGCAAGAGCUAAUUGCAUAGGGUGCUUUGCUACAUUAAAAAGAAUCUUUUAUUUAUUUCAGAUUUUGUUAGAAAUGAUUAUAGAUAUCUGUGCAAUGGAGAGGAUUCAGGUGUUAUUUAUGAACUCCAGAGAAAAGAAUAUUUAUGUCAAAUCUCUCUUUUUGCUGGAUGAAUAGUAAACUUCUUUUUCUUUUCCAUUCAUAUUGUCAUUUUUAUUAAAUCCCCUUUCUAUAAAGUGGUGGUCAUGUUUAGGAGCGUGGUUGCACAGAUGAGAUUAAUGUUCAGUUCUUUGUUUUUAAUUUGAUGUUUAAGAGUAUUGGUAUGUCUUUGAAAUAAACUUCCAUUAAGGACUGGUCUUAGAUUAUUAAUUAUGACAUCAUAGCUCAAAGGCUCUAUCAAUAUCAGGGUGGUAUUCUGAGGUCUCCAAAACUGCCUACAAAAAAUAAACAAAACAUUGAGUGUAUUUGAAAAGAAACAAACUAAUGCUUUACUGAGUGCAUGUACUCUUUUUGUACUUUUCCAUCAAAAAAUGAUAACAAUUCAAAUUUAACAGAUUCUUUUGACCUCUCAUAUUUCAUAAUUUCAAGUACUCACAACGUGUACCAUCUCGCAAAGUCUCCAUAGGAAGAUGACCAUAAUAAGAAAAUGCUAGACUACUGGCAUUAUUCCAUAUGCACCGGUCUAUAUUUGAUCUUAUUAAACAACAGUCUUUUUUUUUUUACAUUUGAUUUUGGAACCCCACAUGAAGAAUAACUGGCUUCAUAUUAAGACUUAUUGUUGAUCAUGCAGCGAAUAAAGAUCUCUUUCUGAGAAGCACAAAACAUGCAUGCUCAUAUGGGACCUGACAUUUUGAAGAUGUGGUCCGGAUGACUACCUCUAUUUUCCUACUUUUCUUCCCUUGUAUAUAUUUGGUUGCCAUCUUUGUCUAACAUCUUUGUGUCCCUGUCAUUCGGUGUCAGUUUGGUUGGAUUCUGUGAAAUUUGUUUCUGUUAUUAACCUUUAACAUGCAUAUCCUUUCACUUGUUUCUCCAUCUUACUGUGAUAUAUACUGUAUGCAAAUUAAAUGCAUAUUAUUCAGGAAUCCAUCAACAUCCAUUGUAAUACUGUUGGAUCAUCUGAAAUUUUGAAUCUAAAUGGGGCUUUCAGAAUAUCACCCUGACAUUUUAGUACCAAAAAAAAGGAGGGAAAAAAAUACUGCCUACCUGUAAGCAAAUUCAAAAUGUAUUCACUUCGGAGUUUUGACACAAUAUUUUUACGAUUUAUGAAGAUGGAUUACGGAAUGCUGCGGAAAUAUAUGAACUAAAUCUUUGAAUGAAAAGGAAGAGGAAAUGCGUAAAAUCCGAAAGACACUAAAGUGAUGAAGCCAAAACAAGCACACGUCAUGUCAAAUGGAAGGGUAAUAUAUUACUUCUUUUGUAGAUGUUGGGGGGGGGGGGGGGGGAAGGGGAUGGAAUAUAAAUGUUAUCUUUGACCAGUCCUUAGUCCACCCAGUUAUAAUGUGGACCCUUAUUAUGAGGUGGAAUGUCAUGUUUUUUGUGUGUACAUUGUAGUAUCACAUCAUCUACCUCUUGUGUAUCAUACUGAAAGUCUCUCCAGUGUUAUAUUGUACAGUCACCGGAAUAAAAAAAAAGGAAGAAAAUUUCAGAAAAAAUAUGAGGUGAUAAUUUUUUACGAUGACAUUGUAAUUUUAAGAAGAUGGAGAUAUUGUUUAUAAUGCAUCAUGACACUAUGUAUUGAAUUGUAUUGAUGUUGUCUCAGAAGUACAUUAAAGACAACACAAACUUCACAAUUA